CUUUCUUUCAGCCCAACCCGCAAGAUACUUUCCUGCCCAACUCUUCUGCUUUCUGCAUUGUUGAUCCUUCUGGCAACCCAGCCUCCGCCAACAUUGUCUUUUUCUACCCGCCAACAUCCCUCCCAACCCUCACAUCGGAUCAGCCCUACCUGCUACUGAGAAGCUCAAAAAGAUCUUCCCUACCUAGGCACCCCAAGGAUCAUCCUCUUCGACACCAACUUCGACAAACAUUCCACAGGAACGUUGCAGACAAGUCAUUUUCGCUGUGUUUGCUUCUCUCCUUGGUUCUAUCACGACACAACUCAGCCGAGUUGAAACUACAUUGCCCUGGAUUUGCAUGACUAGACGACCCGAGGAAUCAAUGACUGCCCUUGUUGUUCCGCGCCCGGAUAUGCCUGGCUACAAUUCUAUUGACCUGGACGACGUCCACACACCUUCUAGCGACUACAGCUUCUUCCACGCCGGAAUGGUGCCCACAGGAAUGUUUUCCUUUUCUUCUCAAACAGGACCAUCGGACCCCUUGAGUGGUUCGUGGGAAACGACAGGAGAUGGAGCACAGAACUUCCAAGACCUCUCAGACAACGGAUCUGCCCACCCGGGAGACUCCGAGGACUUUUCUUUCCAAGUUGAUGGCCAUAUGACGCCCAGAGGACAGGGCCAGACAAACGAGGACCUGCAGAGCAAGUGGACUGCUACCACUCCCGCCACAGCCGUGGUGCCCGUCGGUGGUGAGCUUAUGCGAAGAGGGACUUCGCGCAGCUCCGCUGGAAGCCGCAAGCACAGGAUCACCAAGAUCACCUCUCCCAAGACCAGACCCAGAAUGACUUCUGCGGCCUCGUCUCAAGUAUCUGCACAGCUGUCCUCCAUGGACAUCACAGGUAACGCGACAGUCUUCAACGGAUCACAGCACAACGCCCAGUUGAUGGACGUAAACCCCUAUUUCCUGGACACGGACACAAGCGCCGUCUCGUCGCAAUGGUUCAACUCGAUGGAACUCGGCAUCGUUUCCGACGGCCUGCCGUCCGGCGACAUGAACAUGCACGUUGUUCCAGCUCAAAUGCAGCUGGACCCUGACUCGAGCCUGGGUGCUCACUCUCCUUCUGCCUCCUGGAACUCCUUCAGCCCUGCCGAGUCUCAUCUGUCCUCGCCCGCCGGGAGCACCGAAGACUCGUGGCUGUCUGCCCCCCUCAUGUCCUCACCGUCCCACUCGGAGCACGUCUCCCCCAUCAUCCAAAGCCAGUCUCCAAGCGCCAAUGGGAAGUUUCUGGGAGACGAGCUCGGUGGGAGCGUCCUCACCAUUGUCGGCGAUGCCGCUCUUCGCCCUGCUUUCCACAGCCGUCGGCCUACCAACGAGGGUGACUCCGCCCGGGACCACCCUCUGUACAAGAACGCCGCCCCGCAAGCCGAUGGCUUGUUCCACUGCCCGUGGGAAGGUGAAUCCAGCUGCAACCACAAGCCCGAGAAGCUCAAGUGCAACUACGACAAGUUCGUGGACUCUCACCUGAAGCCCUACCGUUGCAAGAUUGACUCGUGCGAGAACGCCCGCUUUUCCUCCACUGCCUGCUUGCUGCGACAUGAACGCGAGGCUCACGCCAUGCACGGCCAUGGUGACAAGCCGUUCCUGUGCUCUUACGAGGGGUGCGAUCGCGCUAUGUCUGGCAACGGAUUCCCCCGCCAGUGGAACCUCAAGGACCACAUGCGCCGAGUCCACAACGACAACGGAGUCCCUGGAUCCCCGACCAGCACCAGCAACGGACAGCAGAGCUCCAAGGGCCGCAAGCGCAAGGAUGCGCCCAAGGCCGUCGGACCUGCUCCUCCUUCUCGCAAGGUCACUGCCAAGGCUGCCGCCGUGGAGGCUGCCGCCCAGGAGGAGGACUCUUCCAAGCCUCUCAUUGAGGAGUGGAUGUCCCACCGCCAUGCCCUCGAGGACAUCAUCCGCGGCCUGAACCAGCCCGAUGACAGCAGGAACAUCCAGCUCAUUCAAGAUGCUCAGAACCACCUGUCCGCCAUGGGCAAGAUCGGACACAACCUGAGCCCGUCUCAGCCAAUGGAUGUCAAGAUGCCUUUCCACCGGAACUUCGUCCAGGCCGGAUGAACAACUAUUUUGAGUUAUGAAUUAUCAACCCCCCCCCACCUAGAAGAGUGUUACCAGCUUUGCAUGCAAGCGCAUCGAGCUCGGCCCUUGACGGCAUCCUGAUCCUCUACAUUGUGGACGUUGCUAGUCACCGGGAGCCAUGGCCUUGCUACCACGAGGGACCUGUGUGUACCAUGCUCUUCCAUGGAUGAACCGCAAAGCCCAAGGUCAACUUCACAUGCCACCCGGCUACGGACACAUCCAGGAUCGAACCCAUGGACACCCAUCAUUGGGAGACUCGCAAGCUAGGAGAAGUGCUCUAGUAAAAGCCGAGCCGUGGCCAGAGAGAGAGAGAGGAGAGGGAGGAGGAACGUCAUUCGAGAUGGCGAGGCAAAUUUGAUUUUCGUGCAAGACUGAGUUUUUAUUAGAAGUUGGCAACAUAACAUGUAAGAGCUCGCGCUCGACGUAACAGAACUUGUAUUGUUUUGUUUUUUUGGAAAGGAAACCCUCACAGUACGAGGCCUAUCCACGAACAAAGUGGAGAGUUACAGACUCGAAGAUGGGAACAACAGCAACUGGAUUUUAGAUUGUGUUAUUUUGAAAGCAAACGUAGGGGAGACGAUUUAGUAAUCGAGUAAGAGAGAAAAUCGGAGAAAACCAUGACUAACUUCU